CGCCUUUCUCCUUUUGCUAGAAAAUAAUUUGACAGUCGAUUUGCUGACAGGGGAGGAAUUUGCAUCCUGGAUUUAAAAAAAAAAAAAAAGACCGAGAGGAGCUUGGGAACGGUUGCUAGGGGGGGGUAAAGGGUGAAAAAAAGGGGGGUGCCGGGGAGCGGAUAAGGAGGGUUAAGGGAGGGGCGAGGAUGGGGAGCAAUGCUAAAGGUAAGGCCAGGUUACCGCGGCUCGGCCCCGAGUGGGCUGCGGCCGGGGGAGGGGCGAGAGAUACAUAUGUAUUUCUGUCUCCUUAGCACACCCCCUUCCCUCUAAGCGAUGGCUGAGAGGCGGUGCAUGCAGAUGGGGAGUAAGUUUCCUGGAGGGGAGGGUGGAUGCACGCGCGCGGCCCCGCGCUGCAAAUUUCCACCGGGGAGGGAGAGGGGCUGGAUGCGGAGAGUUUGGAGUCGCUUGCGGCGGAGGGCAGGAAGGGGAGCAGGGCCGGGAAGGGGGCUAGCGGGCGCUAUAUCUGGGAGUAAGUUUCCAGGAUCGGGAGAGCCUGCACGCUUGCUUGCUACUCUGCUUGCCCCCCAUCUCACCCCCCAAGCGGAGACUGGUCUUCUUGUCGGAUUGCCCAUGCACUUGUUGCAGAAACAGCCAAGGCCCUGGCUCCGGAGGAUGCUGAAGGAGGAAGACAUGAAAGCAGGACAGCCCUGAAAGACUGAGCCUCUCAUCCCGAAACAGAACCAGGUCUCCGUUUCCCACCUGGCCAGCAGCAUGAGAGCAGCAUGACCGGCCGGCCGCAGGAGAAGCCCCCAGAGCCAGGCCCCCAACUCAACCAUCUGCUGCGGAGGUCAAGGUGUGAGCAGCAUCUCUUCACCACAGUGGUGUUUGGUCCGUACCUCAGCCCGGGUGGGGAUGUAAAACCCCCCUCUCUGCUCAUGAGUGGGACAGGCCAACAGGAACACCUGGCUCCAGCCACCGCCACAGACAUGUCAGCCGUGGAGUAGUGUGGACGCUUUCUCUCACCUUCUCAGGGUUUCCGUCCUUUUGGGUUUGUUUCACUGACCUUUUUUUAUGGUUUUGUGGCUGGACAGUCACGACCAAGGCAGGCGCCAUGGGCGAUCAGCAACUGUACAAGACCAACCAUGUGACCCACAGCGGUGAGAACCUUUUCUACCAACAGCCACCCCUCGGCGUCCACAGUGGGCUCAACCACAACUAUGGGAAUACAGUCACGGGGGCUGGCAUGGAUGCCCCCCAGGCAUCACCCAUUUCCCCCCACUUCCCUCAAGACACUCGGGAUGGUCUAGGCUUGCCUGUUGGCUCCAAAAACCUUGGCCAAAUGGAUACCUCGAGGCAGGGAGGGUGGGGUGGCCACGCAGGGCCUGGGAACCACGUCCAGCUCCGUGGCAAUCUGACCAACUCGAACAUGAUGUGGGGCGCGCCAGCCCAGGCGGAGCCCACCGAAGGCUACCAAUACACCUACUCCCAGGCCAGCGAGAUCCGGACCCAGAAGCUCACCAGCGGUGUCCUGCACAAGCUAGACUCUUUCACCCAGGUGUUUGCCAACCAAAACCUACGGAUUCAGGUCAACAAUAUGGCCCAGGUGCUGCACACCCAGUCAGCAGUGAUGGAUGGAACCCCCGACAGUGCCCUCCGCCAGCUGCUGUCCCAGAAGCCCAUGGAGCCCCCAGCACCAUCUGUCCCUUCCCGCUACCAGCAGGUGCCCCAGCAGCCUCACCCUGGUUUCACCAGUGGGCUAUCCAAACCAGCUCUUCAGGUCGGGCAGCACCCUAGCCAAGGGCACCUGUAUUACGAUUACCAGCAGCCACUGGCUCAGAUGCCAGUGCAGGGAGGACAGCCACUGCAAGGCCCACAGAUGCUUUCCCAGCACAUGCAACAGAUGCAGCAGCACCAGUAUUACCCGCAGCAGCAACAGCAGCAAGCCGGGCAGCAGCGUAUGUCCAUGCAAGAAAUGCCGCCGCAGCAGCAGAUUCGCCCAUCACAGCUUCAGCAGCAGCAACAGCAGCUGCAGCAGCGGCAGGGUUCCAUGCAGAUACCUCAGUAUUAUCAGUCCCCACCCAUGAUGCAGCACUUGCAAGAGCAGCAGCAGCAACAGAUGCAUCUGCAGCCCCCUUCUUAUCACAGGGACCCCCACCAGUACACCCCGGAGCAGGCGCACGCCAUGCAGCUGAUUCAGCUGGGCUCCAUGCCCCAGUACUACUACCAGGAGCCCCAGCAGCCCUACAGCCACCCCCUCUACCAGCAGAGCCACCUGUCCCAGCACCAGCAGCGUGAGGACAGUCAGCCCAAGACUUAUCCAAGCGACAGGCAGGCCCAGGCCAUGCUGAGCACCCAUGGGGACCUGGGGCCUUCUGAUACGGGAAUGGGAGACCCAGCAAACUUGGACCUCAACCGGGUCAGUGGUGUCCUCCCCCAUCGGCCACUCUUGUCCCCCAGUGGAAUCCACCUCAACAACGUGGGGCCUCAGCACCAGCAGCUGUCUCCCAGUGCCAUGUGGCCUCAGAUGCACCUACCUGAUGGCAGAGCCCAGCCAGGGUCCCCUGAGUCAAGCGGCCAACCGAAAGCAGUGUUUGGGGAGCAGAUGGAUGCCAAGAGCAAGCUGACGUGCUCCAUCUGCCUGAAGGAGUUCAAGAGCCUGCCUGCCCUGAAUGGCCACAUGCGGUCCCACGGGGGAAUGAGGGCCUCCCCCAGCCUCAAGCAGGAGGAAGGAGAGAAGGCCCCGCCACCGCAGCCCCAGCCACUGCCGCCUCCACUGCCACCGCAGCUCCCUCCUGAGGCAGAAAGCCUCACGCCUAUGGUCAUGCCCGUGUCUGUCCCUGUCAAGCUUCUCGUGCCCAAGCCCAGCUCUCAGGGCUUCGCCAACAGCGUCGUUGCCGCCCCCUCCGCCAGAGACAAGCCAGCCAGCUCGAUGUCGGACGACGAGAUGCCCGUGCUCGAAGUUCCCAGGAAGCACCAGCCUGGCGGGGCCAAGGCUGAGGAGCCCGUCAAGGCCGCGCCCGAGAAGAAGAAGUUCCGGCACCGGCCCGAGCCGCUCUUCAUCCCGCCGCCGCCCUCCUACCACCCCGGCCCCGCCUCCCACUCGGGCGCCACCCUGUACCAGAGCCAGCUGCGCUCCCCGCGCGUCCUGGGCGACCACCUGCUGCUGGACCCCGCCCACGAGCUGCCCCCCUACACGCCCCCGCCCAUGCUGAGCCCGGUGCGCCAGGGCUCGGGGCUCUUCAGCAAUGUCCUCAUCGCGGGCCACGGCCCCGGCGCCCACGCCCAGCUGCCCCUCACGCCCCUGACGCCCACGCCGCGCGUGCUGCUGUGUCGCUCCAACAGCAUCGAUGGCAGCAGUGUGACAGUCACCCCUGGGCCUGGAGAGCAGACCGUUGACAUUGAACCGCGCAUCAACAUUGGCUUGAGAUUCCAAGCAGAGAUCCCAGAACUCCAGGAUGUCUCUGCCGUGGCCCAGGACACACACAAGGCCACACUGGUCUGGAAGCCCUGGCCAGAGCUGGAAAACCACGACCUCCAGCAAAGAGUGGAGAAUCUCCUGAAUUUGUGCUGUUCAAGUGCGUUGCCAGGUGGAGGGACCAAUUCUGAAUUUGCUUUGCACUGUCUCUUCGAGGCCAAAGGUGAUGUGAUGGCUGCUCUGGAAAUGCUGCUGCUGCGGAAACCAGUCAGGUUAAAAUGUCAUCCUUUAGCCAAUUACCACUAUGCCGGUUCGGACAAGUGGACCUCCAUAGAAAGAAAACUGUUUAACAAAGCACUAGCCACUUACAGCAAAGACUUUAUUUUUGUACAGAAGAUGGUGAAGUCGAAGUCGGUGGCUCAGUGCGUGGAAUACUACUACACGUGGAAGAAGGUCAUGCGGCUGGGCCGGAAGCACCGGACACGCCUCGCGGAGCUCGUGGACGACUGUGUGACGAGUGAAGAAGAAGAAGAGCUGGAAGAGGAAGAGGAGGACCAGGAAGAAGAUAGGAAAUCCACGAAGGAAGAGGAGAAUGAAUUGCCCAAGUCCCCCGAGCCGCAGCCAGGCCCCGUCCUGGCUCCCGCCGAGGGGCCGCCCCUGCAGGCCCUGGGCCAGCCCUCAGGCUCCUUCAUCUGUGAAAUGCCCAACUGUGGGGCUGUGUUCAGCUCCCGACAGGCACUGAAUGGCCACGCCCGCAUCCACGGUGGCACCAACCAGGUGACCAAAGCUCGGGGUGCUGUCCCCUCUGGGAAGCAGAAGCCUGGCAGUGCCCAGAGCGGGUACUGCUCAGUGAAGAGCUCGCCCUCUCAUAGCACCACCAGCGGCGAGACAGACCCCACCACCAUCUUCCCCUGCAAGGAGUGUGGCAAAGUCUUCUUCAAGAUCAAAAGCCGGAAUGCACACAUGAAAACUCACAGGCAGCAGGAGGAGCAGCAGAGGCAAAAGGCUCAGAAGGCGGCUUUUGCGGCAGAAAUGGCAGCCACCAUCGAGAGGACUACGGGGCCGGUGGGGGCGCCGCGGCUGCUGCCCCUGGACCAGCUGAGUCUGCUCAAACCCAUCAAGGACGUGGACAUCCUCGACGACGACGUUGUCCAGCAGCUGGGAGGCGUCAUGGAAGAGGCCGAGGUCGUGGACACCGACCUCCUCUUGAAUGAUCAAGAUCCAGUUUUGCUUCAGGGCGACACGGAGCUGUAAAGGCACGUUUGUCACCUAGAGACGACAAAAUUUCUGGCCAUCUCCAUUCAUCAGGAAGCCUGGACUGCCUGCUUGUUUUGUAACCAUUUUAAACUACCUGUUUAAAAAGUGGUCAUUUUAUUCAGGUUUAGAAGAAAAAAAUCCAGUUUCUUUUCCUUUUAUUUAAGAAAAAAAAAUUGUUUUUUGUGGGAGGUUGGGGGGAAUAAAUAAUUGGCACAACUCUA